AUGGAGAGGGAGAAGCUAAAUGCAGUGAAAAAAGUUUUGACAACGGACCAGACCGCUCAUUUUCGGCAACUCAUUGUCGAUAAACUGGUGGAACUUGAGCCCCAACUCCUCGCAUGCUACGACGAGUUCUUGGAUAUUAAUGGCCAUACAUUAGCAUGGAUAUGGGCAAUUGAUGAAAACAUGCUACAACUCUGCAGUUCUUUAGGAAUUGGAGGACCUGCUGUACAAGCACUUCAGAAACAUAUACAGUUCAUACAAGCAUUGCCAUGGGAGAACAUUCGAUCUCUAUUUCAAAAAAUUGAUAUUGAUGGAAAUCAAAAUCCAGUAGAAGACAUCGAGAUUCCUUCGGUGUCAAGCCUACAAAAAACUGUGGGAAUCAGAAACUUGGUGGCUUAUGAAGCUUUGUCUAUGCCAGUUGGGUCUACCCUUGAGCUUGCAGAAUAUGUCGAUUUGAUGUGUGGGAUUGUUGAUACAGUGGAGGACGUGAAGAUCCUCCGGGAAGAGAGAAUCAUUGGUGGCGAUCUUUCUGAUGAUCAAAUUGCAGAUAUUUUUCACGGGAUAAAAAAAUCCACUAGCAUGAAUAGGAAAUCUAAACUGACGAGAGCUAUUGAUGAAGUUAAUAGGCAACACGAAAAUAGGACAAGGAUGAAGGCAUGUAGAUUCAUCAUGAAAUAUUUGAAUUCCUCGUGGAAUUUUGUCCAAACUUCAUGGAAGGUUUUAUCACUUUCUUCUAUCAUCGUCGCAAUCUUGCUGCAGACUUUGCAGGCGUUCUGUGAGAUCUAUGGAUGUAGCAACCGUUGGGUUGGGAAAAGCAAAGGAAAAAAUCUUAAUUUUCCUGGUAUGUCGUCUUUUGUUAUGUAA